CAGAUUGUUUCCUCCUCUUUAAUGUCCAGAGAGAAGGAAGAUGCGGAUUAGCUCACUCAGUUUUGAUUGAUAAAAAGAAAGGCGAAAGUCAAAACCUCUCUCGGAUCUGAAGAUUAAAAGAUGCCUCGUUAUGAAGAUCGUCACGGAAGCACGCGACUCUACGUUGGCCACUUGUCUUCUCGAACGCGGACUCGUGAUGUUGAACGUCUCUUUAGCAAAUAUGGAAGAGUACGAGAUGUUGAUAUGAAGCGUGACUUUGCCUUUGUCGAUUUUAGCGACCCCCGAGAUGCUGAUGAUGCAAGGUACCGCUUAGACGGAAGGGACGUUGAUGGAAGCCGCAUCGUUGUUGAAUUUGCUAAAGGGACACCGCGUGGUUCUGGUUCUGGUUAUGGUUCUCGUGAGAUAUCUUCAAGCAGAGGAGGACCUCCUCCUCCAGGAAGCGGACGCUGCUUCAACUGUGGUCUUGAUGGACACUGGGCUAGAGACUGCACUGCUGGUGACUGGAAGAACAAAUGUUAUCGAUGUGGCGAUAGAGGUCACAUUGAGAGGAACUGCAAGAACAGUCCCAAGAAGCUCAAGCGGGACCAAAGUUACUCCAGAUCACCAGUUAGGUCUCCAUCUCCUCCUCGUCGUAGUAGAAGAAACCGCAGCAGAAGCAGAAGCAGAAGCCCAAGCUACAGUCGCUCAAGAUCCCCGGUUAGGACUGAAAAGGCUCGGACUCCUGAACCAGCUGUGAGGAGCAGGAGCCCUGAGCCAACGGUUGUUAACUCACCUCCACUCAAGGAUAGAAACCAUAGCCUAAGUCCUAAUGAAAAGAGCCCAAUGCCUGAGAAGAACGGUCAAAGCCCUAAAGAUCAAGAGAACGGCAAUGGAACCAAUGGACAAGACCACAGUCCUAGAGACGAACCCAGUCCCUGAGACAAACUCUCUAAGAGUGAAGAAACUCUUCAAAACUUGCAUUUCUAUAAGACUUAUUAUGGAUUUAUUGUUGUUUUGUGUUUUGAGACUUCACAUUCUAUGACUUCCUCUGUUUUUGAAAACUUCUUGUAUUAUUACAUCUUCACAAAUUGAGUUAAAAAAAUCA